AUGGAAGUUAAUAUUGUAGGAACUAAUGAAGAUAUAAAAAAAGAGUGUGAGACCGUGACAACGAUUUGUCGUUGUUGUUUAUCGAAAGACAGACUUGGAACGAAUGUUAUGUUAUAUAGACCAUUAUUUUUUGAAUUAGCUGGUGUUACAGUUUCAGAAUCAGAUGGCCUACCACAAUUACUGUGCUGGGAGUGCCUAGCUCUACUAAAGAAGACAGUUCGAUUCAAACAGAAGUUGCAAAAGGCUCAUAAUUUGCUCUACGAAUACCUUAUUCGGUGUGCUCCGUUCUCAAUAGACGCUCAAGAUCCUGAACUGACCAAAUAUAAGAAUCCAUACCUCUGUUCCACAGCGACACUGGUGUUUGAUACCAGCGGCAGGAGUAGGACUGGCUUUCACAAGGUCCUUGAGCACGAAAAGCAGAAACAAAGCCCAGAAGUGAAUAAUGUAAGCUUAGUACUACCGAUUGAGAAUACAGAGGAAAAUGUUAAGGAAGAAGCAGGGUUUUCAGAUUAUGAAGAUAAUAUAACUCUGGAGGAAUACAGGUAA